AACCAUGGUUAAGUUAAGCUGCAAGUCACUUGAGUUAAACUUAAAAAACACAAGUGUUUUUAUGUUCUUCUUUUUCUGUUGGGUUUUCUGGGAAUAGAGGGAGAGGAGAGAUGAAAAAUCUGAACUUGAAGUAGUAGUACGUGGUGGUCUCCCUCUCUAUAACAUCAUCUUCUUUGUUUUUCUGUUACUGUUAUUGUUAUCUUGGGAUUUUUGAUUUAGUUAAGAAUUUCCAUUUAUGGAACCCCCAAGUUCUCAGAUCUCUUUUGUUUGAUCUGUUUAUGUUUAUUCUUGGGUUUUUCAGUUCUAUGUAAUGUAAUCAUCACCAUCGGAUUCAACAACAUUAUCAUUUCAUAAAACCUAACGAAAGAAAAGAAAACCCAUAAAUUUUUCCUUCACUUUCUUGAGAAAGUUUGAGUAUUUUCUCUCGUGUCAUUUUUAAUAAACCCAUUUGGUUUUUAGAUCUCUGGAUCUGUUUCAAUCGUUGUAAAGAUAAAAAAUUUCUAGUUUCCAGAUCUAGGUUCUUUUUUUUUUCUUUUUUUUUGGUAGGUUUUGAAUUAAAAUGAAUUAUUUCCCAGAUGAAGUAUUAGAGCAUAUUUUCGAUUUUGUAACAUCACAAAGAGACAGGAACUCAGUUUCUCAAGUAUGUAAACCAUGGUACAAGAUCGAAAGUAGUAGCAGGCAGAAGGUUUUUGUAGGGAAUUGUUAUGCAAUUAGUCCUCAGAGAGUGAUUGAGAGGUUUCCUGGUUUAAAAUCUAUUACUUUGAAAGGAAAGCCUCAUUUUGCUGAUUUUAAUUUGGUUCCAAAUGAUUGGGGAGGCUUUGUUUAUCCAUGGAUUGAAGCUUUUGCAAGGAAUAGUGUGGGGUUAGAGGAGCUCAAGUUGAAGAGGAUGAUAAUAUCCGAUGAGUGCUUGGAGCUCAUUUCAAGGUCUUUUCCCAAUUUCAAGUCCUUGGUUCUUGUUAGUUGUGAAGGCUUCACUGCUGAUGGCCUUGCUGCUAUUGCUUCUAAUUGUAGGUUUCUUAGGGAGCUGGACCUGCAAGAAAACGAUGUUGAAGAUCAUAGAGGCCAUUGGCUUAGCUGCUUUCCUGAUACCUGUACAUCUCUUGUAUCACUUAAUUUUGCAUGUCUCAAAGGUGAGGUCAAUGUAGCAGCACUUGAGAGACUUAUAGCAAGAUCUCCUAAUCUGAGGAGUUUGAGGUUAAAUCAUGCAGUGCCACUUGAUGUACUUCAAAAAAUAUUGAUCCGAGCACCUCAUUUAGUGGACUUGGGUGUAGGGUCUUAUGUAAAUGAUCCAGAUUCUGAGACCUAUAAUAAAUUAGUGAUGGCUAUUCAAAAGUGUAUGUCAGUCAAGAGUUUGUCAGGAUUUCUGGAGGUUGCUCCCCACUGCCUAUCAGCUUUUCACUUAAUUUGCCCGAACUUGACUUCCUUGAACUUAAGUUAUGCUCCAGGAAUUCAUGGUGCUGAGCUCAUAAAGCUAAUUCGCCACUGCAUGAAACUCCAGCGCUUAUGGAUACUGGACUGCAUUGGAGACCAAGGACUAGAAGUUGUUGCUUCCACUUGCAAGGAUUUGCAGGAAAUAAGGGUCUUUCCUUCUGAUCCACACGUUGGGAAUGCAGCUGUGACAGAAGUGGGCUUGGUCGCUCUUUCUAGUGGUUGCCGUAAGCUCCACUCAAUUCUAUACUUCUGUCAGCAGAUGACCAAUGUAGCCCUCAUUACUGUAGCUAAGAACUGCCCCAACUUUACCCGCUUCCGGUUGUGCAUCCUUGACCCCACAAAACCAGACGCUGUGACCAAUCAGCCAUUGGAUGAAGGUUUUGGGGCUAUUGUUCAUUCAUGCAAGGGUCUCAGGCGGUUGUCAAUGACUGGCCUGCUGACUGAUAAAGUUUUCCUCUACAUUGGAAUGUAUGCCGAGCAGCUUGAAAUGCUUUCUAUUGCAUUUGCUGGGGACACUGACAAGGGAAUGCAGUAUCUGUUGAAUGGUUGCAAAAAGCUUCGCAAGCUAGAGAUAAGGGACUGCCCUUUUGGUAAUGCAGCGCUUUUAAUGGACGUGGGAAAGUAUGAAACAAUGCGAUCCCUUUGGAUGUCAUCGUGCGAAGUUACCCUUGGAGGCUGCAAGUCCCUUGCGAAGAAGAUGCCAAGGCUCAAUGUGGAGAUCAUUAAUGAAAAUGAUCAGAUGGAUGCUAGUGCUGAUGAUAGGCAAAAGGUAGAGAAGAUGUUCCUAUAUCGGACUUUGGCGGGGCGAAGGGAAGAUGCACCAGAGUUCGUUUGGACUUUAUAGGUGAACCAGGGGUGUGUUUUUUAGGCCCUGCCCACUAUUUCACUGUUAUUAAGUAGUUGUACUUUGUUUAGGCAGCUGAUUUUUAUGGAUUUUUUAGCCUAUUGGUGUUCCAGUGGCAUGCGACUAUUUUUUUUCUAAAUUUGUAAGAGAUUGCUACUUUGUACUUCAUGUUUUUAUAGAUGUAACUGUGCAAGUAUUGGCAUGAUCAGCCAGUUCCAGCAGGAAUUGGAUUCUCAA